UUUAUCUUUUCUACAAACUCUUCUUGACACAUUUCAUUAGCAAAUGAAAAUGAAGCUUGAAGUAGAGUUCAUCUCCCAAGAGCUAAUCAAGCCAUUUUCCCCUACGCCUGAUCAUCUUCGCCAGCUCCGCCUUUCGUUUCUCGACCAAUUACAACCUCCAGUUUGUAUGCCUAUCGUCCUCUUUUACUCCAAAAAAUCCGGUUCUGAAAAUUAUGAAAGAUGCAACGAAUUAAAGAAAUCUCUAUCAAAAGCCCUAGCUAUGUUCUACCCUCUUGCUGGACGAAUUAAUAAUGACACCUUUAUAGACUGCAACGACGAAGGAGCCUUGUUCGUCGAAGCUAAGGCGAACUGUCAACUCUCAGAUAUUCUUCAAGAUUAUAACCCUAGCGACAGCAAUAAGUUGAUACCUCUCCCGCCCCACCAAUGCGAAAAUCUCACCGCAUUUUUUCAGGUUACUUUGUUUAAAUGUGGCGGAUUAUGCAUUUCAUUUUCUUUGUUGCAUAAACUUGGCGACGCCUUGUCGCAGUUUCAAUUCUUGAAUAGUUGGGCUGCCAUUACCCGCGGAGAUUAUUCUGAAAUCGCUACUAGUCCUAUCUUCGGUAUGGCAACAUUGUUUCCGCCCAUAAAAAUGCAGUCUCGGAUGGAUUUCGAAGAGUUAGGCGAAGACAAAAUCGUCACGAAAAGGUUUGUGUUUGAUGCUUCCACCAUAGCAGCUCUUCAAGCUAAGUAUAGCAAUGAAAUUGGCUACAGUCCGUCACGGGUUGUGGCCUUAGCCGGUUUCAUAUGGAGCCGAUUCAUAGCCGCCAUUCAGACGAACAAAACAGACCGUAAUCAUUUGUACGCCCUAAGUAAUGUAGUGAACUUUAGACGAAGAAUAGAACCGCCGCUUUCAAAUAUGCAUUUUGGUAAUCUUUUCACUACAGCCUGGGUGAAGGUUAACAUAAACAACCGGCAACAAAAGUCCGCAGAUGCGAAAUACAAUUACGAUGCGAACAUUGUUAGUCAAAUGAGUGAUGCCAUGAGAAGUGUGACUCCAGAUGCCAUCUUCAAAUUAACGCAAGAAGUUGUUAAAGGAGAGGUGAUUGGAUUUUUCUUCACUAGUUUAUGCAAGAUGCCAAUUUAUGAAGCAGAUUUUGGAUGGGGAAAGCCUGUGUUUGUAAGUUCAGCUAAUUUGCCUCUGAAGAACCUAGUUUCUUUCUUGGAUGCUAAACAAGGAGGUGCUAUAGAGGCAUGGAUCAACUUGAAUGAGGAAAACAUGGCUAAAUUUGAGAUUGAUAAGGAGUUUCUUGCACAUCUUAAUUCUUCUACUCAAUUUAAUGCUAAAUCAAGAUUAUAAGUCAAAUUGUGGGUAAUAGAUCCUCAAACUUUUACAUCUAUUAUAUUUU